AUGGAAGGUGAUUUCUUCACAAAGAGUAAAAAUUUGGUUCGAGUUAUUGCUGCAUACAAUCCAGGACUCUUCAUACCACUCGAAGCAGUUGGAAACUCAACCAUUAAAUAUUUGUAUAUGCAAAAUUGUUCCGCUUAUCUAAUACCUGAAGAUCUUCUCGAUGGUGGGCUGAUGGAUCUUAAUGCCAAUGGUGUAGAUUUCCAAGGCUCAUAUUAUCCACAAGUCAUGAUGUGCGCACCAUACGAACUUAUUUCUCAUACCAUCCCAGAUUCUGAAGUGUUUGAUUAUGCUGCUCUCCAUCCAGGCUAUAGGAAUUAUGUUUCCGACUCUAAAUUCAUAAAUUUCAAUCAAAAUUUUAAUACUAGGACAUGUGUACCAACAAUUGGUUUUAUUUCAACCCUUGCCUCCAACUUGGCAAAUUUCACAAUUUCUGGAGCUGACUUAGGCCCAUUCUCUGAUUAUACUACGGUGACUUUAAGUAGUCCGUAUAUAAGUUCUGUAGUAUUGAAUUGUAGUAUUAUUAAACCAAAUAGAAGCUACCAGUGUGUGAAUCCUAGGACAAUGACAGGUAUUGUUUCUUUGAAUUUGCGAGUAAAUAACUCUAUUAUUCCAAAUCCACAAACCACAGUGAAUGUGGCAACUGCACGACCUUUUGUGACAUCAGUAUCUGCUGCUCCUACAAGAGGUGGACCUGUGACUGUUACUGGAGAGAAUCUCUUUUUACGACAAGACGCGCAAUCCUAUGUUCGAGUUGGGGCGGCAAGCAGUGGAGUCUAUAUUACCAACUAUAAAAUAUUGGUUCCAUUUAAAUCAUUUUCAUUCAAUAUGGUCUCUGGUUUUGGAGGGAAUAUAUCACUUUAUAUAAAUGUUACCAAUAUCGGAAGUAACCUGGCAACAACUCCUACCAUUUACUAUGCUGCACCUGUCAUUUUUGAAGCAUCACUCACAGCCAACAUAGAACAGAACCUAACGAUUUCAGGUGAUAAUUUUUGGAAUGAUAGUUCUCUGGUAUCAGUUUCUAUAGAUUCUCAGCCAUGUCCAGUGGUAUCAUCUGAUUUUUCAAAUAUUGUAUGUAAACCACAAAUCUAUCCAUUCAAAGCGGGAGGACUACCUCUAUCUGUAAAAGUAAAUGAUAAAACAACAACUGGUUCUGUCUAUUUCAUCGACACUGGAAUUUGUCCAAACCAAUGUAAUAGUAAUGGUAAUUGUACAGUAAAUGGAUGUGUAUGCUUCAAGGGCUUCACUGGUCCUGGAUGUAAAGAUAAAAUUAUUUAUGUUGAUCAUAAUGUAAAUAAAACAAAACCAGAUACAACCAUUGGAGCUAAAGAAAUUGAUGCUAUUCUUUCGAUAGUUGCUCUUAGAGAGUUGGAUAGUAAUGGUGGUUUAAUCACAGAGUAUCCAUUUAAUACUUGGGCAUUCGAUAACCAGACUGAAAAUAUCUAUAUCUAUAAGACAAAUGCCAGUUCUACAAAUAUAACGGUUACCGUUCAAUGGUUUGAAGAUGCAUCAAACUUUUCAUUCGGAGGUCAAGUUAUUCCGAUUGGUUCAAACACCAUUAAAUAUUCGAUUGAAAUGACAAAUUAUUCGUUCCGUGACAAGCUUUCAACUCUUCAACUUGUGAUGUCAGCGACGAUGUCGUCGAGCGAAUCGGAUCCAUGUUCACAGAAUCAAGUUGGAAAAUCUACAGAUAGCACAUCGAUUCAGUGGAUCAAGUUGACUGUUAACAACCGGUCGCUCUAUGGUCGUUUCAUCAAAACUGGUUAUAUCGAUGGUCGCAGUGAAGUGCUCAGUAAUCAUCUUUUGGAUUCAAACUACCGAGUGAUCGAAUCAACUGAUGGUAAAUCAACAUCAUCAAACACAGCACAGACCUAUAUUGGACUGAAUAUUCCUCAAUAUGAAACAUCGAUUUUCCUCGAUCCCGAUUUCUCGGUGCUGGUGUCAGACGAUAAACCACAAUGCAAGAGUGGAUUAUCUGUUGGACAGAUUGCAGGUAUUGUCGUCGGAGCUGCUGUAUUUGUAGUGAUUGUUGCUAUCAUUGGAGCAUUCCUUUUAAGAAGAAAAUUCAAAAUAUUCAUAGAUGGUAAAAAGAUAAAGAUGGUGGAAAUCAAUAAAUCCUAG